CCGCCAUCCCGCCUCGCGCGCCAACGCCACCUCCGGCAGCGCCCACCUUGUUGCCGCGGCCGUCCCCGCCCCGCUCCCUUUCCCGCGCCCGCCUCGAGGACCCGACGGCUGCCCUCGAUCUGACCCCACGGGGCAGGAUGGACAAGGGGAAAUCGGUGGUGGCCGAGCUGGCGGCGUCGUUCAGCGUUGUCCGUGUCGCGCCGCGCCAGAACCCCAAGCCCAAGAGUUUCCUACCGUCGCCCUCCUUCUAUUCUUUCUCGAAGAAGGCUAAUCCUCGGAAAUUGGUCAGCUUGUGCCUUGGCACCCUUGGUCAGCAUCUUGAAGAUAUCAUCACUGAUAUUUCUGAAUUUGCUGCCUUAUUUCCACCCCACAUAAAGUUGGCAAUUAUGUCUAUUGCAAGGAGAAGAAGGCUCCUGAAUGAUGAUGUUUUGACUUCUCUUGCUGAAAGCUCCUGGGAAAUCCUAGAUAUAUCUGGCUCUGAUGUAACUGAUGCUGGUUUGGCUACUGUAGCAAAUGUUUGUAGUAAUUUACGGGCAGUUGAUAUUAGUCGCUGUGAUAAAAUUACUACUGCUGGUGUGUCUGAGAUUGUAUGCCACUGCCCAUCCUUGGAGAUAUUGAGAUGUGGAGGAUGUCCAAGAAGUGAAGUCACGGCACGGAGGUGCUUGAAUCUCUUGAAACCCAAAUUGAAUACUCUUGAGGAGGACUCAUGGGAGGAACUUGAUACACUAGAUAUAGGAGGCGGUGCAGAGUCUUUAAGAUGGCUUGUUUGGCCAAAGAUAGAUGAUAACUCAAAGGAGACUCUAGCUGCCGAAUGUCCUCGUGUUACUGUCAACCCACAACCAUCACUGUUCGACCUCUCGGGAUCCAAAGUCCCAGUGGAAGCAUUGGCAAGCGUACCACUGGACCAUUCCGUAGUUGAGGAUAUUGAUCCCAAAACAUGGGCUGUUUCUGCUGCUCCUCGGAGACCUGUUGCUCCACCGAAUCCAAAUGCUCCGCCUGAAAUACCAAUAGCGGAAAGGUUCAGGCUGGCCUAUGUGGAGAGGGAAGCAAGGCUGGCACCCAAGAGGGCCAAACGGGAAAGGCAGCAGCGGCGCCGCGCUGAAAGGGACUACAUGAUGAAUGACAUCGACGCGAGGUCGAUCGCACUUGCUGCUCAAGCAAGCAGAAACCUGCGCAAGAGCUGAUACCAAACUUUGCUUUGCUUCUUGUUUAUGUUGUUUGUUGUAUGUAUCUCAGUAAAGUAGCUGGCAAACACAGUGGAGAAGGGAGACAUGAGGCGAGAAAUGUUGUUCAAUCUUUCAAGCCAAAGGCAAAAUAUAGCAUAUACUAUGAACACAGUUUUGUAUUGGGCAGUAGCAGUGGCGUUUACACUAUCGUGUACUAGUAAGAAAAAUCUAAAUGUGAAUACACAAGUGCAAGGGAAGCGUGCCUUGAUCGAAUCAUGAGUUGGUUGCCAUUUUUUGAUCC